GCUAGAAUAUAAACAGCAAGCAUGUAAAGAGCUGAGUUUAUUUAAAAAAAAGCAUUUUUAUUAUAAAACUGGCUGUUUGUAAUGUCUAAAGUUGUGUUCAAAGAUGAUUUGGAUUCCAAGCAAGGCAAAAAGAUAGAUUUGUCGUUGGAUGUAUCCGGAAAACACACACGUCCAGACGUGAAAACAUCUCAAGAAAAAUCGUCUAGAAGAGGAAAAGACAAAUCGCGAUCGGCAGAGGAUAACGAUUCAUCUCUUAGAAGAGAUAGCAGAAAAGAAAAUGGCAAAAAAGAUUCGCUUCCUGAUGUACAUGAUUCUCGCCGCGCAAAGAAAACCGAGCUUACGGAACUAUCCGAUAACGAUAACAAUACAACCGAAACGGGUUUGCCGCCGACGGCGACGAAGCCGACCCGACGCGAUGUUGCGGAAACUUACCGCCAGAGUCAAAAGUUGUCGUAUGAUACAGUGGAGUAUUACGAGAAGAUGAACAAAGUGUUGGCGUUGGAGGCCGAGAAAGCGAUGGAUGAGAACAGAGAUUUAAAUCUGAGGAUUUCGGAGUUGGAGACGAAGCUAGUUCUGGUUGCAAGUAUGUUCAAGGAGAAAGAACUGCAGAAAGAGCGAGAAAUGAAGAAACAAGGAUCGAACUGGGAAGAGUCUCGACUGAAACAGGAAGAAGCCAAUCGUGUUCGCAUGGAGCAGGAACAGAAGUCUCUUUUGAACCAGUUCGAGAAGGCACGUGACGAGAUGCAAGGGGUGCUCGCGAGGAACCGAGAACUUGUGGACGACAAUGAAGACCUGAGGAGUCAGCUCUAUAGAUUGAAGGAGGAGCAAAAGGCGAAAGAGGAGACGGAGAAAACUAAAAGGGAGGAGGACGAGAGAAGAAAGAGAGAUCAAGAGGCCAAUAAAGAGGAUAAGAGUGUUAUGGUCGAAAUUGAAUGCCAAGAUGCAAAUGUUGGAGACCCAUUGGAAACGACAGAUAGAGAAAUGAAGACAGACGAGCUGAUUCUAGUUGAUGUUCACGUGAACACAGACACUAAACAGUUUCAAAACUCGAACACGGACACUUGGGACUUAAUCGAGACAGACGUCAAAGAGGCCAUGACUGAUCCAGAGAAACCGCCUGUCAAUUUACAACACGCAUUCGUUUUUCCAAUGUUCAGAUAAAACACACGUGAUAAACUGACUAUAAAAUACAUGGUUUGUCUGUCCGGAUUCCAGAUGUCUGCCUUAAAACUAAUACAAACUUAGUCUUGAUUUACAUAUUAAGUUUUCAAAUCAAAGUUUUGUGACUCAAA